AUGUUUGCACAGGAAGCACAGCUCAACACCAUCAUGAACAAAUUUUGGGAAACUGAAGAGGCCAUCCCCGUUCGAAAAAAGUCAUCGCCCGAAGACGAGUUGUGUGAGAAACUGUACCAAUCCACUACUUAUCGCACCUCUGAAGGAAGGUAUGUUGUGGCACUGCCCUUCAAACCUGGCACUCCCGCUCUGUGCAAUAACCGCAGCAAGGCAUACCGCAAUCAGUUAGGACUACUGAAAAAACUGAGUCAAUCUGAUGAACUUGAAACCAAAUACUCUGACUUCAUGCAUGAGUAUCGUGACUUAGGCCACUUGAAAAUCGCUGAUUCCGCUGUAGAUUACAUCAUCCCACAUCAUGCAAUAUUCAAGAAAAAUGACAACACUCAAAAAAUUCGAGUUGUUUUCAACGCAUCUAGCAAAGACGCCAAUGGGCUCUCACUUAACGAUGUGUUGCUGCCUGGAGCCAAACUUCAAACAAACAUAGUCCAAAUAUUAACCCACUCUCGUUCAUACCACUUUGUCAUCCUUGCAGACUGCAAGCAAAUGUACAGACAAAUCUUGCUGAGACCUGAAGACCGCCAGCAUCAACAUAUAUUUUGGAAACCCACCCACCAAGAAAAAAUUCAAGAAUUUGAACUGUUAACAGUGACUUAUGGAGUAUCUCCUAGCGCAUAUCUUGCUCAGCGUACUCUGCAACAAUUAGUGGAGGACGAAGGUGAAGCUUUCCCACUCGCCAGUCAAGUACUGAAGUUGCAAAUGUAUGUUGAUGACAUACUUGGCGGAAGCAAUGACCUGAAUACCGCACAUUCACUUAUCAAAGAACUCAAUGAGUUAUUGUCACUCGCCUCCUUUGAAUUGAGGAGAUGGAAUUCCAACACACCUGAGUUGAUUGAGCAUAUGUCGCCCAAAUAUUUGAGCAAUCAGGAAUGCCUGUUUGAUGAUACUGCAACCACCAAAGUCCUUGGUAUUGUGUAUAGUCCGCUUGCUGAUGAUUUCUGA